AACCAAACAUAACACUACAUCACAUACAUGCAGUUAUCAUCAAAAACAAGAUAAACAACAAGAAUGCCUAAAGGUAAAGGGAAAGGAAAAGGGAAGGGGAAGGGGAAAGGAAAGGGAAAAGGGAAGGCUAAAGCAACAGCAGUCAUUGAUGGAAUAUCAACUGAAGACAUGACAAAGGAACAACUUGAGGAACAUUGUGUACGACUGAGAGAUGAAGUUGAUAGAGAGAGAGAUGAAAGGAACUUCUUUCAACUUGAAAGGGACAAGAUCAAUACAUUUUGGGACAUUACUAAACGUCAAUUGGAAGAUGCUCAAGCCACCAUAAGGAACAAGGAGAGAGAGUUAGAAGAUGCAGAGGAGCAUCAUCAAGUGGAGAUUAAGGUAUACAAGCAAAAAGUGAAGCAUUUGCUAUACGAGCACCAAAACAACAUCACAGAACUGAAACGAGACGGAAGUGUUGCCAUUACACUAGAGCAGUCCAACCACCAUGAGAAAGAGUCUGAUCUGAUUUCUGAGAAGAGAUCCCUCAAAGUUGAGCUUAAAGAGCUAGAGCUUGCGCAUCAAGAAACCAUUAAAGCUCUUAAAAAGGAACAUGACCAAGCACUGACGACAACGAGGGAAGCAUAUGAACAGAGAGCUGAUGACCUUGAAGCAAAGUAUGAGAAGAAGAUGAGCGCAUUAAGAGAUGAUCUUGAACUAAGGAGGAAGACAGAAGUUCACGAAGUGGAAGAACGUAAGAAUGGUCAGAUUAAUCAGCUAAUGAAGAAUCAUGAGAAAGCAUUCAGUGACAUUAAGAACUACUACAAUGACAUCACUCUUAACAACUUAGCACUCAUCAACUCACUGAAGGAGCAAGUUGAAACUAUGAAGAAAGAUCAGGAGAGAUUGGAGAAGCAGCUCUCAGAGGCACAGGCUGAAAAGAGAAGGUUACAAGAGCCACUCCAGAAGGCCCGUGAAGAAGUGACUGAACUGCAAAGGAAGCUGUCAAAUUAUGAAAGAGACAAAGUUUCACUUCAAAAUGCCAAAGCUCGUCUGAAGGUGCAAGAAUCAGAACUGAAGAGCUUACACUGGGAACAUGAAGUAUUGGGACAGAGAUUUGCACAAAUUCAGAAAGAGCGUGAUGAUCUCUACAGUCGUUUUGUCUCAGCGAUACACGAAGUGCAGCAGAAGAAUGGAUUUAAGAACCUACUACUGGAGAAGAAGCUCACCGCACUGGCUGAUACUUUAGAAAAGAAGGAAGCACAGUUGAAUGAAGUAUUGGCUGCAUCCAAUUUGGACCCUUCAGCUCUCACAAUGGUCACUAAGAAACUAGAGGAUGUACUUGAUUCAAAGAACAGUGCCAUUAGAGAUCUACAAUAUGAACUGGCUAGAGUCUGCAAGGCACACAAUGACCUCAUCAAGACGUAUGAAGCUAAAUUGUCCAGUUUUGGUAUUCCAGUGGAAGAGUUAGGAUUCAAACCAUUGCAGAGCACAGUGGCAGGACAGAAACUAGGCGAGGGGCCAGGGGGUCUGGUGACAUCUCCCUCCUAGGGGGUCCGGUAACUCUUUCUUGAAAUUAAA